AUGGUUCAUUUCUCUCACCUUCAAGUUGAGGCACAUAAAAGUUGUGUUUACGGAUACAGAGGCCCCAGAUGUGAACAUGCUGUUUGUCCAUGUUUGAAUGGUGGCAAAUGUGAAGAUCAGUCGUCAGGACCAGUUUGCCUUUGUCCCCCAGGGUUUACUGGAGAUCGUUGUCAAAAAGAAACUCCACUACGGUAUCAUGUUUGUUUUGAUGGACCAAUAUGUGGAGACGGCGGAACUUGUGUACCAACUAGUAAUGUAUAUUCAGAAUACCGUUGCGUAUGCAAACGUGGAUUUGAUGGGUUACUCUGUGACAAGUGUUCGCCUGGUUUUACAGGUAAGCACUGUGAGAUAGAAAAAAACGAAUGCCUAAGCAAGCCUUGCGUUCGAGGACGUUGUGUGGCUAAAGAUGGCACUUAUUCUUGUGAAUGUCCCGACGGGUAUAAAGGCAAGAACUGUGAAAUACUGAUGGACCCUUGUCAGAAUUCUUCUUGUAAAAACCAAGCAGAAUGCAUUCCUGCGCAUGAUACAUAUUUUUGUAGGUGUAUGCCUGGUAAGUUGUUUCAUCACAGUAAACAUUUUAUUGGGUUUACUGGACGUUUCUGUGAUUUCCCAAUUGAUGUAUGUCCCGAUAACUAUUGCAAAAAUGGUGGCAAAUGUGUGCCAACUGAUUACGGUAGUUCUUGUAGUUGUGCACCUGGGUUCACAGGUCAUCAGUGUGAACAAGGAAUAGACGUAUGUAGCUAUAAUACAUCGAUCUGUCAGAAUGGUGGCACUUGCAUUAACAGAAACAACGAGUAUCACUGUAUCUGUGUGAGCGGCUGGGAAGGAAGGAACUGCGAGGUUAACGUCGAUGACUGUGUUGAUUCGCUUUGUGCCGAAGGCAGCAAAUGCAUCGACAGAGUAGCAUCCUACACCUGCGAGUGCCCGCAGGGAAAAACAGGAACUUUUUGCAAUCUUAGCGACCCGUGUAUUUUGAAUCCGUGUAAAGAGGGUAGUGAAUGCCUCGUCAACUCUGCCAACGGCGAGUACCAAUGCAAGUGCCAGAACGGUUUCACUGGCAAAGACUGUUCUACCGACAUCGAUGAAUGCGUCACGUUGAACAUCACUUGCGGAAAUAAUGGAACUUGUGUUAACACUAGAGGAUCAUGGAGGUGCGAGUGUGAUGAAGGGUUUUUUGGAGCGUUUUGUGCUACGACAGUUGAAAGAUGUUCUCCAAAUCCGUGCCUUAAUGGCGGCAGCUGUUUAGAUUAUAGAACACGAAGAGAAUGUGUUUGUAUUGGAGGCAAGUUUUCUUUUCCUUAUCUCAAAAAGUUUCAAUUAAUACAAUGUGAGAAAAAAUGUCCUGAUGGUUUUAUUGGGAAGAAUUGUGAGCUCCGGAAGUGUAAUGAUACUACAUGCCUUAAUGGUGGUGUAUGUUUGAGCGGUAUUUGUCGGUGUCCCCCUCAGUUUACUGGGAGCGAUUGCGAAGUAAGCGUCUCGGAUCCUUGUGCUUCACAGCCGUGCUCGAAAAAUUCAAUUUGCAAGCCGUCAGCAAAUGGCUUUGAUUACAUAUGUGAAUGUGCGCCCGGCUUCUUCGGCUUAGAAUGUCAACAGAAGGGAACUGACUGUAGUCUGAAUCCAUGUCAACACGGUGGAACAUGUGAAAACAAAAUAGGGGGUUAUAUUUGUCAUUGUUUGAAUGGCUAUUACGGACGGAGCUGCGAAAAGAAUUUUGAUGAUUGUUCACCAAAUCCGUGCAGGAAUGGUGGGACUUGUAUUGAUGGUGUCAACUCAUUUAUUUGUCACUGUCCCGUGACAUUCUUCGGAGAUCGCUGCGAAAUUCAAACGCAGAAUCCAUGUGAGAAAAAUAUCUGCAAAAAUAAUUCAACUUGCAUCCCAACAUCUGAUUUAAAACAUUACAAGUGUCAAUGUCGCGAAGGAUACGAGGGUACUUACUGCGAAAAUGACCUUGAUGGGUGUCGAAAAACGAAUUUCUGUAAGAAUGGAGGUACUUGUGACGAAUCUUUCGGGUCCUACAGGUGCUUAUGUCCAACAGACUAUUUUGGUAGAGCCUGCGAGUAUAAAAAGAAGUACUGUCGUCCAAAUUCGUGCAUCAAUGGUGGUCAGUGCGUUGAAGAAAAAAAUGGUUUUACUUGUAACUGUCCGUCGGGUUUCAAUGGGAAGUACUGUGAGAAGAGCAGUGGAGACUGUGAAGGAGUUAUUUGUCAGAAUGGCGGCACAUGCCGUGGACAGAUUAAUGGGUUCACUUGUCAAUGUAGAGUCGGAUUCAGUGGAAGAUGGUGCGAAAUAAAUGACAAUGAUUGCCAUCCAGGGCUUUGUUUGAACAAUGGCACUUGCAUCGAUGGAGUUAAUACUUUCCAUUGUGAGUGCUUGAGAGGACACACUGGCAGAAACUGUCAGAUAAAAGUGGAUUAUGAGGAGUACGCACGAACUGAUUUACUCGAUAGAGAGGUUUGUCGAAAGAAUCGCUGCGACGAAAAAGCUGGUAACGGUGUUUGCGAUGUUGAAUGCAGCUUCUUUGCUUGCGACUAUGAUGGUGGUGAUUGUAGUGCUAAAAACCAUCCCUUUGAAAAAUGUGCUUUAUCCAGUUUCUGCGCUCAUAAUUUCCACAACGACAGAUGUGAUCCAGCGUGUAACAACGAGGAAUGUUUGUUCGACGGUUAUGAUUGUGAUGUCGUUCGUGAAAAAUGUCACACAAAGAAUUACUGUUCUAAAGUUUUUGGGGAUGGCAAGUGUGACCUAGAAUGCAAUAACAGCGGUUGUGGAUGGGAUGGAGGAGACUGUGACGCUGUAGGGGACUCAAAGUUGAAUGGUAAUAUCGUAAUGAUAUUACUGAUCAAACCUCAGGAAUUUCUGAUGCGUUAUAAUUCGUUUUUACUGACAUUAAGUCAGACGCUACGUGCAUCUGUAAGAGUUAAAGUGGAAAAUAAGAGGCCACUUAUAUAUGAAUGGGAUUUUACAAAUGGUGUUGGUACUCAAGUGCUUGUUUCCGAAAACGCCUUUUCUGAACUUGCAGCCGACCACUUGAUAACGAAAAGGGAAGAACAGAGACUGAUGGGUACUAUGGUUGUUUUGGAAGUGGAUACAUCGUUCUGUACACGAGAUAGCCAUAUGAACUGUUUCAGCGACGUAGUGAGUGUGGCUAACUACCUUGGCGCAGCCGCGGCAAAACAAUUGUUGUCUGAUCUCGAUAUGCAAGUUUAUUCUGCGAGUGCUGAGUUGUCGUCAGAAAAGAAGGCAUCAACAUUGUCGACAUCUAUUAUUAUCUCAUUUCUUUUUGCUUUUUCUUUCGUUGCUGUGCUUUUUUUGAUAGUUCAGCAAGGUCGGAAGAGGAAGAUUUUAAGUGCUCCAAUCUGGCGACCUCCACUGAACGACAGUGGUAAUUUCUUCCAGUAUUUAUCUUGUCCAGAGUUUCUGAACAUAGGGAAAUCAUCUUCCACGAACAUCGACACCUUCACUAUUCAAAGCGGUUUUCACUAUUCGGAAUUUGGAUCUACAAAGCGAAUGCGGACAGAUAUUCAUCGGUCAAGUCUUUUUACUCCGGAAGAUACGCAGUCUUUCUUGACACAUACAAUAGAAAAGUGUCGUGAGGACGGACGCCAGUGGACUGAACUUCACGAGGAGGCUAUGCUGAAAACGCGCAUCAACACUCCGAUCAACUCAUCAAUAGUUAAUGUAAAAGGGAAGUACGGAAGGACAGCUUUAAUGCUCGUGGUUUUAAAUGAAAACAAAAGCGAAAUGACGGUUGAAGAAGACAUUGAAAACCUCUUGGAGGCUGGAGCUGGGAUCGAUUUAGCGGAUGACGAUGAAACUACGGCCCUUAUGUGCGCAGUGAAGAAGGCAAGGCUGUCAGUGGUUAGGUUCCUACUACAAAAAGGAGCUUGCGCAAACUUAGCAGACGCGCAAGGUAGGACAGUCCUUCACCAUGCCGUGGCUAUUGACUAUCCAGACAUGGUGCGUACGCUGUUAGAAACAGAUGUUAAUGUCAAUGCUUCUGAUUGUAAUAACCAAACUGCGCUAGUUUACGCCGCACGAUUCACAUUUCAUCCAGAUAUUGCUGAAGAACUACUGCAAGCAAAUGCUGAUCCUGCCUGUACUGGCGACAAGUCGUCUAUUGAGCACACUGGAAGAACUGCUCUUCAUUAUGCGGCGCAGUGCAACAAUUUAAAUGUAAUACAAAUUCUGGUCAGGCAUGGUGCAAACAAAGAUGCUCAAGAUCAACAAGAAGAGACACCUUUGUUCUUGGCUGCUUUAGAGGGCAAAUUUAAUGCUGUUAAACUACUAAUCAGUUUGGGUGCAAGUAAGGAUAUAUGUGAUCAGAAGGAGAGGUCACCUCGUGAUGUGGCUGCUGAAAGAAAAUACCAAGAGAUAGUUUCUUUCUUAGAUACAGUUUCUUCUCAAAGGGGACUUGCUUUAACCACCAGUAGAAAUAGCAUUUCUUUCGGUGGUCAGCUGCUGCGACAGAAAAAAACCAACAAGAAAUCUAAUCAAAAAGCUUGUAAAAAAGUGGUACCGUCAGUUUUCUCCUCGAGUGGGUUGGUUCACGCAGCGGCAAACCCUCUAACCCCUCCACUUUCUGAUGGUUCAAAUUACUCGACAACCCCAUCGCCAAAUGAUGUCCACUCGAACAUUCGAGGGUCGUUCCAUUUAGGCUUAUUUGAGACGUCGCUGCAAGCGUCCUCUGUGAUGCUUUCGCCCCAGUUCGAAACCUGUAACGGGCCCAGAUGGAGUCCACAGGAUAACUCGAGUGUUAUGGUUAACACACCAGCCAUGUGGACAAGGAUAGAGUUCCCUUACGAAGAACGAUGUUUUGUGCCCAAUGAUCAAUGUGCAAACCCAUAUCAAUAUCAGUAUCCUCAGGUCCAGCAUCCUGCUGGGUACUGUAACGUGUGA